UGUGCCACCGAAGUACUGUAACAAGCCGUGCAUACGAUCAGUACGACGUGUACCAGCUCAAGGGGCUACCCGUCGGUCGUGACACAUAUACCAGAUCCAUGGGCUUUGUGUUCCAUAUUGGUCUCGUAGGAAACUCCGGACCGACCGAUUGACGCCUGUGAACUGGACUAGUGCGUACGAACAACCCUAUAUAUCUAUAUAUCAUCCAUCACCAAUCGUUCGAAGGACAUUCCCGGUCGUCAUCGUCGCGCUUGCUAAGCAAAUAGGUCUGGAACGCCAUCAGAAUGAUCAUGAAACAUCACCUCCUCACUAUCCUGACGCUUGUUUCUACCUUGUUCAGCUCUGUUCUUGCUUUGCCUGGCGAACCGAGCGACCCGGACUCGGACGACAUGGUUCCCCCUAGCGGAGGAUUCCUCACCCUCGUCAAGACAAUGCAAAGACUUGGAAUAGCGGGCAUCAAGCUUGACAGAACCCUCGAGAUGUCGCAAAUUACGCCCGAGGCUUUACAGACCAUCCGGCAAUUGACCCAGGACAUCGAGAACAUCGUGACCCAGGCAACGGCCGAGGCAGACACCCUGGAGGUUCUAGACCCCAUCCGCAGCACCAAGCUGACCAAGAAUGCCUUGCCCAUGAAGCCCGUGUUUGGCCACUUGCUCAAGGUGAUUUCGAACGAGGUGAGCGGAUCGAUGCCUUCGUGCGCUCGGGCAAUGAGGAUGUGGAACAAGACUGACGAACGAGCACAGAAAGAAGAACUAUGCGCCGCUCAAUUCUGCCACGAAAUGCAGGACUUUCUGACGUGGAUGCGGAUUCGAUGCCACGGACUCGCGGAGUCUCUGCGAGGCAUCGUCGGAUUUGGCGACGGAAAGCUGAUUGAAGUCUGUGCAGACCUGAUUGAUAAGCAGUAUGCCAUGACAAUCAACGAUUAUGAGAAGCUGAUCCGAAUUGGCUGCGACGAGGACCAGCCCGAUGACCCAGGCUCUGACGUUGGAUCGCCUGAGGAGGGCUCCCUGUACGGGUGAGGAACGAUUGGGAAGGAAGUGAUCAUGAGAUAACCUACCUAAGUAA